AUGGCCGAUGAACAACCUCAAAUGAACGAUACUACGGAUAAGAUGUUCUAUGGUAUGCCGUUGACUGAUAUCCCCAAUCUCUUCCAAACACCUCCCAUUCUAAGCGACAUGCAUGAUAUUCAUGAUGUUGGUCACACGUUUAUGAUCAAGCCAUUCAAAUAUGAUUCAUUGAAUCCAGAUCGUGAACCAGAACCACUUCACGGAAUGAACAAUUAUCAUGAUAUAUGGGAUGACAAUCAUGUUCGCUUACCAUGUUCUCUUUUUAAUUUAACAAACGAUGGGAGACUCAGAUGGCCGAUUAUUCAAAAUGCUUUGACACAACUUAAGCAAAAAUGUGAUGAGAAAAUAGCUACUGUCAAUGACAUCAAACUAGCAAUAGAGGAGAGUAAUGAAACUAGCUUUAAAAUAGGCUGCCUUGAACAGGUUCUUAAUCAAGCCUAUUCUGCUGAUCAGCGAGCUUACUUCAUGUCCUUCAUUCUUCCAAAUAUGAUUUCCCUCGCUCUUGAAGUUGGUUACGUUUGCAGCCAGUCACCACCGUUAUUACAUAUUGAAAAAAAUGGUAGCGUAACUAUGUUACAACGACAGUUUAAUAGGAAAAUAGGCAACAAACAUCAUACUUAUCAAAGUUUAAAUUUUAUUUAUCUUUUACAAAGUGGAUCACCAUGGAAAAUCGAAAAGCUCAAAUUGCCAAAAGGUGUUCUUACUUUUCGACGCUUUGCAUUACCCAAUGAAUGGAUACCGAAAUGGACUGAGUCACAAACACCACUUUGUAAAAUUCAUAUGAGGAAAGAUCAAACUAUUGAAGAUAUGCAUGGCUUUUUACAAGUUGAUUUCGCCAACGAAUUCAUCGGUGGUGGUGUAAUGAACGAAGGUAUUGUUCAAGAAGAAAUACGAUUUACUAUUUGUACGGAAAUGCUUGUUAGUGUACUUCUUUGUGAAGUAAUGCUACCUCAUGAAUGUAUCUUAUUAAUUGGUUGUGAGCAAUUUGUAAGUUAUAGUGGUUAUGCAACUACAUUCAAAUUUAAAGACAACUUUAUCGAUAAAACACCUAAAGAUAGCUGGGGUCGAAAAUUAUCUCAUGUCGUAGCUAUGGAUGCAAUUUAUUGUAUGAAUCCUCUCGAUCAGUAUAUUUUUGAGAAUAUGAGACGAGAAUUAAUUAAAGCUUUUACAUGUUUUCGUAUUCCAAAAUCAAUGGAAAAGUUUAUGUUCGGUGUUGCUACUGGAAAUUGGGGCUGUGGUGCAUUUAAUGGUGAUAAACAACUCAAAGCAAUCAUACAACUGAUGGCUGCUUCUGAAGCUCAUCGUCCACUUGUCUAUGUCACGUGGCACGAUCAAUAUUUGCUGGAAUCAUUCUGGAUAGUGUAA